AUGUCCGUGGACGGGGUCUACGGCGCUCGAAUGACCGGUGGUGGCUUUGGAGGAUCAAUUGUGGUUCUCGUCCAACCGGCUGCCAUCAACACCCUGGUGAAAACAAUCGACGCUACGUACUCGAAACAAGCCAAAAUCUACGUGGCGGAGGCAUCGCUGGGAGCACGAAUUCUUCCCCACGACAAGGAGAGAACCAAGUCAACGUCUAAGGGUGAUCUUGACUGA